GAACCGGUCUGGGUCUCCAUCCACAGGGAAACGCAUGGCAGGUAGCACCCUGAACAAACCAGAAAAACAGCCCUCCUCUACUCUGGAGCCCAAGGCAGCAGGGUCCCGCCGGCGUCUACCUUUCCGGAGCAAGGUCAGCUGUCAAAGGCCAGAGAGCUUCCGCACGCCGGCCUCGCCCCUCCCCUUCAGGCCUGCCAUCACAGGUAGAUCUGGCGCCGCCCGAGGACUACCUGCCGCGCCAGGUGGGUGGAGUGUGAGCUGAGGACUCUCCCUGUCCUGGACUCUGCACCCUUAGGUGCCUGGGUCUUGCCUCUCGCCAGAGCGUCGAUUCCCUUCGCUGCCAUGGAAGCGGCCAGAACCCCAUCGCCCCGGGAUCAGCUGGAGCUCUCGAUGCUGGAGGGGCAGCAGGAAGAGCUGACACCUCUCAACAGCCUCCGGAUCCAGCCUUCCUCCGCCGAGAGCUCUAGCCCAGCCCAGACAGACAAGGAAAGUCCCUGGAGUCCCUGUAACAAGAUCGUGGUUGGAAAAUGUAAACUGUGGAUGGUCAUUGUCACCAUUUUCGUGUGUUUUGCUAUCGUGAUCAUUAUAAGUUUAUGCCUUGUAGGAGUAACUUAUAUCGAUGAAGAUGAAAAUGAAAUACUUGAAUUAUCAUCAAACAAAACCUUCUUCAUCGUGUUCAAGAUUCCAGAGGAUUGUGUUAAUGAAGAGGAAUUGCAUCACUCGCUCACUAAAAGGCUCACAGACACGUAUAAAGAGUCCCCAGCUCUGAGCCGUUAUUUCACUUGUGUUGACAUCGUGGACUUCAGUGUUGAAAACGCCACGGUAACCUAUCACUUGCAGUUUGGAGUUCCAGCUGAAGAUGAUGGCUUCAUGGAGUACAUGAUGAGUGAAGAGUUGGUGCUUGGCAUUAUGAGACAGAACCUUCACGAUAAGAAUAUAUCCAGUUGUGAGAGUCUCGGGCUUGAUCCGGAAUCUCUCUUGCUCUAUGAAUGAAGCGCUGGAGGUUGGUCUGUGUUGGAAAGCAGUGCUCUGCAGUUUCCGAGUGAAGAAAAUUCAGAAACCUAUCUAGUAGUGGCCAGAAGGAGGAGAUAGUCCUCCCACUGAUUCUACAUGGAUAGGAAGUCUGGAUCCAUGUCCAGAAUUUGUGAAAGCUAUUCGUGAGAGCUGCCCCAGUGGAUGCUAGAUGAGGUCUGGGGUGGAUCAAAGACCCCACAGCAUGAGGAUACCACACACUGGCUUUGCAUUGCCUGGUGCCACCAGGACACAGUUUCUUGAGUUGUUGCGUGUGUGUCUUAUGGCAGAUGGUCACUAAGCAGAGGAUCGCUGUCCUUUUGAAACUGUCAAAAGAGGCAUGCCUGUCCCUUGGAAGGCCAGGAGGAAGUUAGUGACUGUAUCAGUCACCCUUACAUAGAGAAUGCCUGUCAUGAGGGAAUAGAAUAUUUGUUUUGUUGGGGAAAUUGUCAUCCUGGAUAUUUCCCAGGACAGAGGUUUUCAUUGUUGUAUAAUGAGAAAUCUCCCAGCCUGAUACCUCAGAUAGAUUAGCCAUGGAUGCAGGUCACUGCGAUAGGCAGCUACGUGAGCCUGUGUCAAGUGUAGGGUUCUGGACCAUGUGAAUUUGCUUUCUUAUUUAACUACUAUAUCCUGUAGUAAUAAUAAUGGCUAUAUUGUAAUUUAUUGUUUCAUUUUCAGUAUAGUUCCUUAAACUACUGAAACAGGUGGAUGUUUCUUCUUCCCCUUUAUUUUUUACACGUCAAAUGUGAACCUCCCUAUGUGUGUACUCUUUUGAAAGCA